AGAGGAAAAAAAAAAUCUUCUCUUCUUCGUCCCUCCCACGUACACCCAAACAGAGUAUAAAUACAAGAACCAUAUUUUCCCCUCAACUAUAUAAAUCAAACCCACCGCCCACUCAACCACAGCACUUUUCUAUUAUUUCGGUCUAAAACCUAGGGAAGAAGAAGACACACAGGAGCAGAUUAAUAAGCUAAGAUGCCUUGCCUUUACAUCUCUACAAACGUUAACCUCGCCGGCGUUGAUACCGAUCCCAUAUUUUCCGAGGCUACUAAAGCUGUAGCUACCAUCAUCGGAAAACCUGAACAUUUUGUGAUGGUGAUACUGAAGGGAUCGCUGGCCAUAUCUUUUAAUGGGAACAAAGAACCAGCUGCAUAUGCUGAGAUAGUGUCGAUGGGUGGGAUUACCAAAGAGGUGAAGAGAAAUCUGAUUGCUACUUUAGGCACUAUUCUCGAUAACAAGUUAGCUAUCCCAAGGACCCGUUUCUUCCUUAAAGUUUUUGACACCACUGCUGCGUCUCACUCCUCAUCCAAAUUAUAAUCGUGGAUUCUGUAUCGUUUUAAAUUACUUUAGCACUCAUGACACAGGAAAAAGAAAAAGAGACUACUUUAGCACGGUUAAUGCUUUUUUUUUUUGUCUGCAUUUUGUAAAUGAUAUGUAUGUUUGAUGAGAUUUGGAUUUAUAUACUAAGCUAAUAACUCCAUGUGGAUUUUGUUA